AUGGAGCCUGAAAGUACUAAAACACACGGUUUGGCCCUUUUUGGGGAGCAGAGAGGAAAGAGGGGUGUGUGGAUUAAAAUGCCUAUCGAGCUUGUGAGUCUUGUUGAACCUGCUGUUAAGGAAGGAUUCUAUUUUCACCACGCAGAACCUAAGUAUUUGAUGCCUCUACCAGAAAAUGCCUCACAUCGAGUGGGAAUUGGUGCUUUCGUCUUGAAUGAGAAGAAUGAAGUGUUAGUAGUUCAGGAGAAGAGUGGGGGGUUCCGCGGAACAGGUGUGUGGAAGUUCCCGACAGGAGUUGUUGAUGAGGGUGAAGAUAUAUGCGAUGCUGCAGUUCGAGAAGUGAAAGAAGAAACUGGAGUUUCAGAUCGAGUAAUGGAAAUUCUAGCCUUCAGACAAAGUCACAAAUCUUAUUUCGAUAAAUCGGACUUGUUCUUCGUAUGCAUGCUUCAACCGCUCUCUAAAGAGAUCCAGCCACAAGAAGUAGAAAUUGAGGCAGCCCAGUGGAUGCCAUUUGAAGAAUAUGCGGCCCAACCGUUCAUCCAGAAGCACGAUCUUCUUAAGAAAAUAUCUGAGAUAUGCGCGGCAAAGAAGGAGAAGAGAGAGUAUGCUGGAUUUUCACCGGUGGCGACAACGACAGGAUUCUCUCAGAAGAAGAGCUAUUUGUACAUCAACAGCCAAUGCCUCAACUUAGAGGACUAAUUAAGAGGUUUUUAGCUCUGUAACAACAUUCAAGUUUUCUUCAUAUUGA